AUGAGUUUUAAACCAGAACAUGAACAGAGUUUGGACAUUGAAAAUUGCUUAGGUCUUAUGACCGAUAACGAUUUAGAUAAAUUCUUUAAUCUCUACAAAAUUAUUACAAGUUUGGAUCCAAACGCCAACGCACUUAUCAAGAAGGCCAGUAUGGACGAAUUAUUGUCUGGAAAACUUAUAGAUAAAGAACACUUAAAGGAGUUGUGCGUGGCUAAAGUAGAAGAAUCAGAACAAUCUAACAAAGAAGAUAUCGAUGUUUCUUCGAACGACCAUACAUUUUUUGACGUUUAUGAUCACAUUGAAAGUUGGAAAAAACGCAUGCACCCUAUGAUGAAUAAAAUUGAAGAUCUAGUAGAAGAACUUAAAACAAUCAGCCAGCGUACGUCUAGUGCAGAUAUUUUAAAAGUGUCUAAUUUGAUGAAAGAACAAACAAUUAAAAACUCCAAUGAUGAUGUCGUUUCGAAUUCUAAUCGUUAUUUAUCAAAUAUUGAUAAAUACAUAGAAAUUAGUGAAAGCCAUAAUUUGAUAUCGGAAGUAUUUCAUCAGUCACCGGCUGGCCAUGAUGGUAUAAAAAUCAGCGAAACAAAUCUAGACUCAGAAUCUGAUAAAUUAAAUAUUCAUGAUGAAAUUGGAAAUGCAAAAGAAAAUAUUUUGCCACUAAUUGAUGAAGAGAAGACCCAAAAAACACUUCUGGUUCCUACAAAUGCAUACUUGGAAACCGAAAAUCAGACGAAUGUGGAUGAAUUUGAAGUAAACACAUAUUAUUUCGAACGGUAA